AUGGUCUUCUUGGCAACUGUACGUGCCAUUGUGGCUGAAUGGACUGAUGCGGUCUUGGAUCGAGCGCGUAAUCACACGAAAGAGUCCCAGAAGGCUGAUCUGGUCGACCACGGCGUCAAGAUCGCUGUGAUCUGUGCUUUAACUUUCGACGUAGACGACGCCAAUUUGGGCACGAUACUGUCUUGUCCCCGUGCCGCGGCCAUUCUGAUCAGAUGCGCAAUGGUAGUUCAACGCAGUAGAGCAGUCGAUAUGGCGGGCAAGACUUACUCCGCGUUGCUCAUGUUUCGAGUGCACCAACUCUUUCAUCGGGCGUAUCCACUUCUAAGCCGGAAUCAGGAGGGCUUGAACAACGCCAUUGCGUCAUCUUGGCCCGCGUUCACGCCAAGCGCCAUUGGCUGGGCUGAAGCUUCGCCAGGGGCUGAUCACUGGAUGACAACGCUUUCGACACCGGCAGGCGGACACGUUCCGCUCCGCAUCCAUUACAACCUUCUUAGCGGAGAGCUCCUGGUGAACGGCAAACCAUUCGAUCAGACGCCAAAAAAAUAUCUUCGCGAUCUUCUCUAUAGGAAAUUGUUCGGUGUGUCCCCGCUAGAUGUCGUUCCCGUCACAUCACCUCCCGGGCUUUCUUAUGCAGCAUCUCGCUGCAUCGAAGGCUGUUCUGUCUACCUCGGGGUAUCGGACGAUGCAGAUACAGAUCAGCAUCACGUCAUUGUGCGAGCAGUUAAAGGGGAACAUACGUAUGAGACCAUUCCCGCUCAACUCUUCACCGAAGAACUUCCUGCGCACUUCGUGGAUGAUUACGUGCAUUGGUAUGAUGUAGAGAGAGAUGUGGUCCACUUUCGUCCUCGCGAGGCGCCCUGGGAUGACACAUCGCCGUUGCAAUGGCUCCUUCAGCCGGCUGGGUCCGGCUUGCAGUGGCGCUGCUCCAGGGGAGAGACCUAUCUACUGGGACUGAAGAGCACGACAUGCAAGGCGAUCACGACACUGCUAGCGCCAUUGGCUGAGGAGCGAGAUAUGCGUCACGUUGUAAGGGAUGGGAUCCUCCAUAUCGACCUACCACGCCUCCACCUCGAGUUCUCCAUCGAUCAAAGAUCCUCUUGCAUGCGCUCCCGAGACUUCCCAGGUUAUGUUGUGGAUAGCGAUCAGAGGCUCGGUACACUGAUUGGCUUUCGUCAUAAGCUUCUCUUGAGGCAAAUUGCGGGCAGGAGGCGCAAAAUACUGAUCCCGGAGGCCAAUGUCAGCUACCACAAAACUACGGAUCAUGUCGAAGUGGUUGUCUUGACCAGUGAGAUUGACCGUUUUCAGGUCUUAGAAAUCGACGAGACUCUUGGUAGACUGGUCGAGAAUGGUAGCCUAGAAGGGAUGAUUUUCCUGGCCUAUCUGCAUGCACUGACAUCGUUCGUCCUCCCAGACACGUUCACAACACGGAGCGGUACUGAGCAAGCCUUGAACAUACUCACGUCUGCGGCUACCAGAUCCUUCUCCUGCUUGACACAGCGGGCUGCCGACCUGUUGGGCCAGAUUGCCAGAUUGAGCCCGAGACGCAAAUACUAUCCACGUCAUAAACACGCCAUGCAGCAAGUAACGUGGGACGACCAGCUCAGCUUCUUCUCGCAACAAGAUCAGCUCUGCACUGCCGUUUCUGGGAUCUUCAGUCAUGCGAGACUUAAAUUAGCCCAAGUCGACUUCGACAAAGAGGAUUUGUAUCAACGUGGUCUCAGCAGGACUGCGAUGUUUAGGAUCUCCGGCUUUGGAGCGGAAGACCAAUUACUCCAACAGGACAGAGUCUACAAAGCUCGUGAUUGA